CGCGGAAGGGAGCGGAGGAGCUGCCAUGGUCCCGCUGGUUCUUCUCUUGCUCCUCGGCUCCCUCCCACCCGGGACGUGGGGUUCGGGGGAGCUGCGGGCUUUCGUGGUGCCCCACAGCCACAUGGACGUCGGUUGGGUGUACACGGUGCAGGAAAGCAUGAAGGCUUAUGCAGCAAAUGUCUACACCUCUGUUGUGGAAGAGCUGAGGAGAGGGAAGCAGCGCAGAUUUAUUGCUGUGGAGCAGGAAUUCUUCCGGCUCUGGUGGGAUGAGGUGGCCACAGCCAGGCAGAAGCAGCAGGUCCAUGAGUUACUUCAGGAAGGACAACUGGAAUUUGUCAUUGGAGGGCAAGUGAUGCAUGAUGAAGCUGUGGCACUCAUUGAUGAUCAAAUUCUACAGCUGACAGAGGGCCAUGGAUUUUUGUAUGAAACUUUUGGGAUCAGGCCUCAGUUUUCUUGGCACGUUGACCCUUUUGGAGCUUCAGCUACCACCCCAACUCUUUUUGCUCUGGCUGGUUUCAAUGCUCAUCUGAUUUCUCGGAUCGACUACGAUCUGAAGGCUGCCAUGCAGAAAAACAAGAAGCUUCAGUUUGUAUGGCAAGGCUCCCCUUCCUUAGCUGACAGCCAGGAGAUCUUCACCCACGUGAUGGAUCAGUACAGCUACUGCACCCCACCACAAAUACCUUUUUCAAACAGGUCAGGAUUUUAUUGGGAUGGAAUUGCAGUUUUCCCAGAUCCCCCCAGAGAUGGAGUUUAUCCAAACAUGAGUCUUCCAGUUACCACAGCAAAUCUCCAGCUCUAUGCCCAAACCAUGGUGGAAAACAUUAAGGAGAGAGCAGCCUGGUUCCAAACCAGGGAUGUUUUGUGGCCAUGGGGCUGUGACAAACAAUUCUUCAAUGCCUCUGUUCAGUUUUCCAACAUGGAUCUGCUGCUGGAUUACAUCAACAAGCACUCUGAGGAGCUUGGAGUCACUGCCCAGUAUUCCACCCUUGGAGAUUACUUCCAGGCUCUUUAUAACAGGAAUCUAACGUGGGAAAUUAGGGGCUCUGAAGACUUCUUCCCAUAUUCAUCAGAGCCAUUCCAAGCAUGGACUGGGCUUUAUACCUCUCGGAGCACAUUGAAAGGAUUUGCAAGGAGAGCAAGUUCACUGCUUUAUGCUGGGGAGUCCUUUUUCACACAAUAUGUCCUGAAACACCCAGCAGGUUCUGUUUGCAAGUGGAAAGCCCUAAAGCAACUUCAGAGCCUCAGAUGGGCAGUUUCAGAGGUCCAGCACCAUGAUGGGAUAACAGGCACGGAGUCUCCUGAGGUGAAGGAGAUGUACAUGGAACACCUGAUGUAUGGGAUGCUCAACGUGAAGAAGCUGAUGGCUUCCAUAGUUUUGGACAUGAACCAUGCAGAAAAAAAGAGAGAUGUCUAUUCUUCUGUUUAUAAUCCAGACUCAGGACUACCAGGUGCUGCUGAUGUUGCCCAGUAUGUUGUUGUCUACAACCCACUGGCAUGGAACAUCACCACUUUUGUCACUAUUUCUGUCAGCCACCCAGCACUGGGUGUGUAUGAUGAGCUGGGUCAGCCUGUACCAGCACAGGUUCAAAGCUCACCAGAAUCCCAUUUCACCUAUGAUCUCUAUAUUCUGGUAGAAAUAAGUGGUCUGAGCUACAGAAAAUACCAAGUUAAAGCCUUGGAUGGUGAGAAGUCUGCAUUUAUUGGAAGAUCUGUCAAGUACAAGAGGAAAGACCUGACUGGUGCCCAUCAGCAGAGUCAGAAGUUGCUUCCUGUGGGUAACAGCUGCUACCAGGUCUUGUUUGACCCAAACACAAACCUCAUGCACAGCAUUACAGAGAGGGAGAGCAACCAGAGUGUCCAGCUGACCCAGGAGUUCUUUGAGUACCACGUGAAUGGAAAUGUCAGCAAAGGACCUAUCUCAGAUAACUACUUGUUUGCCCCAAAUGCUUCAGCUGUUCCAGUAGCAGAAGCAGUGAGCUUGGAAGUGGUUUUUGGGAAUCUGAUGACAGAGAUCCGACAGUAUUUCUACAGCAACAUCAGUGCUCAGGAUUACAGCUAUGCAAUCUACACCAGGCUGUUUGCAGUCCCAGCUGGCUAUGAUGGGAAGUUGCUUUGCCAGAGGAUUGAGCAGGAAUACAGGGUUGGGCCUCUGGAAUUCAAUCGUGAAGCAGUGCUGAGGACAAGCACAGGGCUGAGCACCAGGCAGCUGCUCUACACUGAUAACAAUGGGUACCAGAUGCAGAAAAGAGCAUUCAAGACAUAUGUGAAUAACACAGUGGCUCGGAACUAUUACCCCAUGGUCCAGACUGCCUACAUUGAGGAUGAAAGCACCAGGCUGGUGCUGCUUGCAGAAAGAGCUCAUGGUGUCUCAAGUCAGGGAGAUGGACAAGUGGAGGUGAUGCUCCACAGGAGACUCUGGAACAACCUGCAGUGGGACCUGGAUUAUAAUCUCACUUUGAAUGACUCCUCAGUGGUUCACCCUGUGAUUUGGCUCAUUUUGGGACCCAAGGCUGCCACCAAUGUUCUGUCCAAGAUGAGUGGGCAGGCAUUAGAACACAGACCUGUAGUCAUGUUUGCAGCAUUAGCAGGAGAUAAACCAAAGCCACCCAGACAACAGCAGAAUCCAGUCCAUGAUUCACCUGUGACUCUCCCACCCAAUCUUCAUCUCCAGACUCUGAGCAUUCCAGGAUGGAAUUACAGCUCUAAUCAUGAGGAGCAGGUCCACAGCAUCCUCAUGGGUAAAGAGAAGGAAGGUGCUGCAGACUUCAGUCGUGUCCUGUUAAGAAUUAGGCACUUGUAUGAAGCUGGAGAGGAUCCUGUGCUGUCUCAACCUGUGGUGGUAAAUCUGAAGUCCUUGCUGAAGGGAUUAGGAUCAGUGGUGCUGGUGCAGGAACGCUCACUCACAGGCACUUGGGAUGUCAACACUUUGAAGAGGUGGAAAUGGAAGACUGCACAAUAUCCCAGCAAAGGAUUCUCCAACAAUACAGAGACCUCAGAAAAUUAUACAGUGACUGUUCACCCAAAGGAGAUAAGGACUUUCUUUCUAUACUUUCAAGGUCAUUAAAGAUGGAAGUUUUAUUUCAGGGCUGAGAUUGUAAUGGCUUCCAGUUUUUACUGCAUGAUAUGAGUGAUUUCAAAAGACAUUCUGCUGCUGUGAAUGAAAGGAAUGGUCACUUUGGAAUAAACUUUCAUUUAAUUCCUGGCCUGA